CAAAUUAUUUUUUGUUUCAAUGACAUCUCUGCCAUGUCUGAAUGUCUAACCUACGAAUGGAAUUAAUUACAAAUUGACAAUCUGUUAAUUGUGAUAAAUAAAUGUUAAGACAAAGUGAUUGUAUUCAUUUAUGUAAAUGUAUAUAUAAAAAAUAUCAUUUAUUAAAUAAUAUGAUUUAUCUGUAACAUAAGAUGAAACGAUACAAAUAUACUACAAGAUACUAAAGUAUUGAUUAAGAAUGGACAUCAUUCAGUCUUUAUAUUCCAAUUUAAUUGAUGAAGAUAAGGCUGAUGUAUUGAAAGAAUUGCUACACGCAUGCGUAGAUGAAAUUUGUGGACAUCCUGGACCAUCUUAUCAUAAGUUUAUGAAUCGUAUGAAUUGGAGUAAAGAAGCGUACGAAGAUAUUUAUAAAUUAAUAAUAAUGCUUUUACGUAAUCCAGCAUGUUUAUAUUUGGUGGAAGAAAAGAUGCCUCCAGAGUAUCAUGAUCUUCCCGAAUCGAUUCAAAAAGACAUCUUGAAUUGUCUAAAAGUUAGACAAGAACAAUUAACACAUGCUUUACUAAUGGAACAUUCAAAACAAAAAUUACUAACUUUAGUUGACUUUGAUUGGAGAUUAAAACUUGUCAUGGGUACGAGUAAAAUGGCAUCGUUACGAGAACCUCUACUUCAAUUAGAUUUUAUUGUUGAAGAAAAGGGAACACGACGUAUCAUUGACGUUGAAAUGAAUAAGGACGAAUUAGAUACGUUGAUAACUACGAUGGAAACAAUAAUACAAUAAUGUAUUCUCUGGUGUUUUAUACAAUAAAAUUAUUACGUU